UCAAAGGAGCUUCUCCCACUAUCACGGCAGCUCCUCCUGUUGGUGCCCAAAGCCCGGGACUCGCACUCAGCCCCUGAAAGCAGGGCCGGCUCCAGGCACCAGCCGACCAAGCACGUGCUUGGGGUGGCACCUGGGUUCCCCAAAGACUGCAGCAACAUUCCCAGGGACAGCCCCAGCGGGGUCCAUGUCAUCCAGACGGCAGGCUCUCCCCCUCGAGUGGUGUGGUGUGACAUGGACACCGAAGGCAAAGGCUGGACUGUUGUCCAAAGAAAUUCUUACAACACAGAGAUCACCUGGAAGGAGCCCUGGAGCACCUACAAGUACGGUUUUGGGAACGUGCAGCAGGAUUACUGGCCGGGCAACGAGUACCUGUCCCUGCUCACGCGGCAGAACACCUACAAGGUCCGCUUUGUGGUGGAGGACAAAUCCAACAACACCCGCUACGCAGAGUACGACAUCUUCAGUGUCGAGGAUGAGCCGAGCGGGUACCCGCUGAGGCUGGGCAGGUACUCUGGGGACGGCGAGGACUAUCUCACCACCUACCACUCCGGCCUGGAGGGCAUACACGACAACAUGAAGUUCAACACGACUGACAAGGAUCAGGACCAGACCAGUGGGAAUUGCGCAAGUAGCUAUGGAGGCUAGUGGUACGACAAGUGUCAGAACAUCCUGCUCAAUGGGAAAGGCUACAUCUACUGGGCAGGGUUCUGUAAGAGUGGGGAUUGCAAGUCUUCCCUCAUCCUGCUUAAGCCAACAGACGUGUGCUGGGUCCGGAAGGAGGAGCCCAUCCUCCUUGGGAGCCCGCGCCGCUGAGAAGGGGAGACAAUAUUAGAUCAGACACGGAGCGCCAUCCCCCACCUAAUCAGUGCAGUCCCUGCAAUGCCUCCACUCUGCUCACUCCCUUCCUGUUGGCUUCUACAUGGUAAAUCCCCUGGAAUAAAUGCUGAGAGCCGACCCCGCUGGUGCGUUCGAAUGACACGAAGAGUGUGAUUGGUGUGUAUAACUGGAGCCCAGCUUCCACUCUGCCUCGCUGGAAGCCAUGUCACUCACUACAACUUUAGACCCACAUUUACCUCUGCUUCUCCCAGCCCUGCCACUGCCCCUUGGCAUUAGUGAUCAAUGAAUCAUGACACUGGAUUUCUAGCAACUGUAAUUGAGCAUUUAAAUGGGGGAUAACUCAAAGCGAGGACUUUACAUCUGAAUUCUGCAUGUAUUAGCAGUGGUGAGUUUGGGUUCAAAAACCUGGCCUCUGUGUUUUUAAUAAAUAUGGUUAUUACAUGAGAAAACAUUGCAACAGUCAUUAAUUGCUGAUAAACCACUGUUUAUGCCUCCAUAAUAGCCAGCCACCCCGUCAGUUGCAUCCUGGAGCGCUCCAGGGACAGGGGUGAGGGAUAGAGGAGCAGAUACACGACACAGCUGUCUUCAGUUUCUUUGGGUGGAAGUUCCUGAUUGCAUGGAUGAAUCCCGUUCAGAUGGGCGGGUUUCGUGUGUCUGUGGUGAGAACUGGGGCUGUCAGGGCCAGCAGGCAGGUGAGGACAGGGCCGGUGCAACCCAUUAGGCAACCUAGUUGGUCGCCUAGGGCGCUAACAUUUGGGGGGCGGCGACUGCGGCAGCCGGAUCUUCGGCCGUGUGAUGUUUUUUAUAUAAUCUGGGACCAUAUAGAACAUGGUUGCAACCAAGGUCCGGUAGUGACACCAAAUCUUCUAUAAAGUGGGUCAAAUGAGGUGUCUAUGACAAGGUUAUGGUUUAUUAGUUAUGAUUAUGUUGUCUAUAUGUGUGUAUCAGUUUUGUAGUUGAAGUUAUGAAUAUUGGCUCUGUACUGUCUGUAUUUCAAACUUACGCUAUGCUUCUGGGAAACAUCCCAGACAAGUUGGUGUUAGCUCUGCCUGGCCUGCUUGAUGGCCCAUUAAGGACCAUCAGCUAUACAACUGACCCAUGGAGAGAAGGCAGUUACGCCUUGUAACUCAGCAAAGUAUGCAGGAACAUGCCCAUGUGACUCCAGACUCCAUUUUGCUGUAAUUUUCCACAGUAAGAACAAAGAGGUGUUCUUACACCUGGAAAAGACUAUAAAAGGGCCGAUGCCUCAUCUCCAUUUUGUCUUCAAUCCUGCUUCUUACCUCUGGAGGGACUUUGCUACAAACUGAAGCUCUGAACAAAGGACUGAUGACCCACCCCAGCUGGGGAUGUUCCAGAGACUUGAUUUGAACCUGCAGUUUAUUCUAUCGCUGCUGCAAGCCUGAACCAAGAACUUUGCCAUUACUGUAUGUAAUUGAUUCCAUUUAACCAAUUCUAACUCUCAUCUAUAUCUUUUUCCUUUUAUGAAUAAACCUUUAGAUUCUAAAGGAUUGGCAACAGCUUGAU